CAUUUUGAACUUGACAACGGCUACUCUCUCUCUCCACUGCACAACUUUCUAUACUUCUUUGAAAGUGGUCUUCUUCUCAGAUCUCUUAUCUUCAUUAUAAUUAUGGGGGAUUUUUCAGGAGUAAGGGUUGUAAUGAUAUCAAAUUAUCAAUCACAUUUACUCUUUUGAAAACCCCACCGCUAUGAUUCAAGACUAACCCUCACCCCCUCAAAAACCCCUGUUUCACUCCCUUCCAAACUUUUUUGGUUGGUGGGCUUCACUGCACAAUACCCAGAGGCCAGAUAAUACUGUUCUCCGAAGGAGAGGGUACACUUUGAAACUCGAUUCAAAAAACUCUUAAAAUUUUGAAAAAGAGUGCCAUUUUUUCAAGAAACCAAAAUGGGUAUUUGGGUUUUGAUCUUCUCAGCGAUUUUGAGAGCAACCCUUUUCAGCAGAAUCUCUCUUGCUCUCAACCCUGAUGGUGUUGCACUGUUGGAACUCAAGGCUACUCUGAAUGACACCAGAAAUGUUCUGAGUAACUGGAGAGAUUCUGAUGCAACUCCUUGUACAUGGACUGGCAUUUCUUGCCAUCUAAUUGAACAAAGAGUCACCUCUAUCAACUUACCUUAUAUGCAACUUGGUGGAAUCAUAUCCCCCAGCAUUGGUAAACUUGAUAGAUUACAAAGGCUGGCGCUUCACCAGAAUAACCUACAUGGUGUAAUUCCAAAUGAGAUUGGCGGUUGUACUGAAUUGAGAGCAGUGUAUCUUCGGGCUAACUAUCUUCAAGGAGGCAUACCUUCGAACAUUGGGAACCUUUCUAUGCUUAACAUAUUGGAUUUAUCAAGCAAUUCACUCAGGGGUGCUAUACCUUCUUCUCUUGGAAAGCUGAAACUUCUCCGUUAUCUCAAUUUGUCCACCAACUUUUUCUCGGGUGAGAUCCCAGAUGUUGGAGCCCUUAGCACCUUUGGAAGCAAAUCGUUCAUUGGGAAUUUGGAUUUGUGUGGCCAGCAAGUGUCCAAGCCGUGUAAAACAUCAAUGGGAUUUCCUGCAGUUCUGCCUCAUGCUGAAAGCGAUGAAGCAUCAGUCCCAGUUAAGAAACCAUCUCAUUACGUAAGAGCAGUGGUUAUUGGUGCAAUGUCUACCUUAGGCGUUGUAUUCAUUGUGCUCCUCGUAUUCCUAUGGGUUUGGUCGGUAUCAAAGAAGGAAAGGGCAGCAAAGAGAUACACUGAAGUCAAAAAACAAGUUUAUCAAGAACCAUGUGCCAAGCUCAUUACUUUUCACGGUGAUCUUCCGUAUCCUUCGUGCGAGCUUAUAGAGAAGAUUGAAUCACUCAAUGAAGAAGAUGUCGUUGGUGCUGGAGGAUUUGGCACCGUCUAUCGAAUGGUUAUGAAUGAUUGUGGCACAUUUGCUGUAAAAAGAAUUGAUCGGAAUCGUGAAGGUUCUGACCAGGUUUUCGAGAGGGAGUUGGAGGUCUUGGGUAGUGUCAAACACAUAAAUUUGGUCAACCUCAGAGGCUACUGCAGUCUUCCUAGUGCGAAGCUUCUGAUCUAUGAUUACUUAGCUAUGGGAAGCUUGGAUGACUUCUUGCACGGUCGACCUCAACACGUGGAUGAAGAUAGACCGUUAAACUGGAAUGCACGUUUAAGAAUAUCUCUUGGUUCUGCAAGAGGACUCGCAUACUUACACCACGAUUGUAGUCCUAGAAUCGUUCACCGAGAUAUAAAAUCGAGCAACAUACUCCUGGACGAGAACCUCGAGCCUCAUGUCGCAGACUUUGGCCUCGCCAAGCUUUUGGUGGACGAGGAUGGUCAUGUAACAACUGUUGUUGCCGGAACUUUCGGUUAUUUGGCUCCAGAGUACUUGCAGAGUGGAAGAGCCACCGAAAAAUCUGAUGUCUACAGCUUCGGUGUUCUCCUAUUGGAGCUUGUCACCGGGAAGAGGCCUACCGAUCCAACAUUUGUAAAGCGAGGCCUAAACGUUGUUGGCUGGAUGAAUACCUUGCUGAAGGAGAAUCGAAUUGAAGACGUUGUAGACAAAAGAUGCACCGAUGCAGAUAUAGAGACCGUAGAAGCAAUCCUAGAAAUCGCAGCAAGAUGCACCGAUGCCAAUCCGGACGAAAGGCCUUCAAUGCAGCAGGUGUUGCAGUUCUUAGAGCAAGAGGUGAUGUCGCCCUGCCCCAGCGAGUUCUACGAGUCUCAUUCGGAUUAUUCUUGAACACAUUUUGUGAUGAACAUUUAAUGUUGUUGUCAUGUUUCUCUGUUUGCUAGCUAGCUGCUGCUGGUCUCAGCUUAUAUCAAUUUCUUGCUGAUGAUGGAUGUGAUGUAGAUAAGAGGAGAAUUUGUUUUGGAUUCUAAUCAUCCUAACCUAAAUGCUUCUUUUCA